CCCACAGCUAGUUACAUAAUAAAAGCUCGUUUCUUCGGCGCUACUUCCCUCCGUCACACUUCAGCGUUUGGAAAGUGCUGCGAACAUGGUGCUUAAAGCCGUAUGCGUGCUGAGAGGAGCUGGAGACACCAGCGGAACUGUUUAUUUUGAGCAGGAGAGUGACUCAGCUCCUGUCAAAGUGUCUGGAGAAAUCUCAGGACUUACUCCUGGUCUGCACGGUUUCCAUGUCCACGCGUUUGGAGACAACACCAAUGGAUGCAUCAGUGCAGGGCCUCACUUCAAUCCCUUCAACAAGACUCAUGGUGGGCCUGAUGAUGAAAUUAGACAUGUCGGCGACUUGGGCAACGUGACAGCCGGGGAUGACAACGUUGCUAAAAUAGACAUCACCGACCAGUUGAUCACUCUGGCUGGACCACACUCCAUCAUUGGUCGAACCAUGGUGAUCCACGAGACGGUGGACGACUUGGGAAAAGGAGGCAACGAAGAGAGUCUAAAGACGGGCAACGCUGGUGGGCGUCUGGCCUGUGGGGUCAUUGGCAUCGCCCAGUGAACGCCUGAGCACUAGAAAACACAAAGUUUCCCCCAGAGCACUUAAGAAGACCAACAAAGUUUCUAGAUGUGACAGUCUGUCUGUUUCCAGUUCUUUUUUUGGGCUUUUCCUGACCAAUAUGUGUAGAUGAGCCAUGUUUAUCUGUGCCCCCCGUCUGAAUUGGUUUGUGUUGCCGACUAGUUUAUUUUCCAAAGAAGCAGUUGCCUAAAAUAAAACGCAAAUGAAGUUCAAUAAAAUCAAACAGUUCAUUUGAA